AUGCGCACCCCGUCCCCUGUCACUAAUGCGCCGCAGUUCAAACGGAGGAUGGUGGCGUGUGCCCUGCCCUCCGUCACGGCGAGCCAGACGGCAGGCUUCCACCCCUCCGCCCGGAGGGACCACAACCCUGCUGGAGGGAACCCCAUCAACACCAUCACCGCAUCUUCUGGUGCCCAGCUUCAGCUUGACAUGAUGGGAGGGCAGCUCCACGUUUCCCAUCGCGCCAUUGGAGACGUGCUUCGGAUUCUGCCUCUGGCUUUGCUAUUGCCCGCAAUGAGCUCAAAUGGACAGUUCGUGGGCAGCCCUCUUAACUGCGACAAGACCUGCGUGUGUGCCAGUAACAUAAUAAGCUGUUCCAAGAGGAACCUGACCAGCAUACCCGUAGCUCUCCCGCGUUACACGGCUGUGCUGGACCUGAGCUUCAACUCCAUCGCCCGGCUACGUGCCGAGUGGACCACCGUCAAGCUAAGCAGACUCCACAGCCUCUUGCUCAGCCACAACGGCCUCACCUUCCUGUCCUCCGAGGCCUUUGUCUCCGUGACAAGGCUACGCUACUUGGACUUGUCCUCAAAUGGUCUCCACCUGCUGGAGGAGCUCAUAUUCGAGCCCCUGGAACGCCUGGAGGUGCUGCUGCUUUAUAACAACCACAUCUCCCAAAUUGACCGCUCUGCGUUUUCUGGCCUCGUCAGCCUGCAGAAGCUGUAUUUGAGCCACAACCAGAUCUCCCGUUUCCCCUUGGAGCUAUUGAAGGACAGGGGCCGGCCAGAAACUCUCACUCUCCUGGAUGUGUCCUCCAACCGAAUUAAGGUGCUGCCCCUCCAAGAUCUCCAGGUUCUCCCCGCCUGGAUGAAGAACAGCCUCUACUUCCACAAUAACUCUCUGCCCUGUAGCUGUGAACUGUACAACCUGCUUGCACGCUGGCACCUGCAGCAACUAAGCGCUUCCACCGACUUUAGAGAUGACCACACCUGUAUACUGCCAGGGUUACAAAAAGAAAAGGUGGCCAUACUGGAUCUGAACAGGAUCCAUUUUAACUGUAGUGAAGUUAGGAUUAUGGAUGAGGAGGCCUAUCUGGACCAGUUCCUGGUCCUGAACUGUGACACAAGGGAGAAGGACGUGCUGAAGAACUGGCUGCUCCCCGGCAAUGUCCCAGUGUCCCCGGCUAACAAAAGCGCCGUGAUGCUCGAAGGGGGCAGCCUCCAGAUCGGGCCCCUCAAGGUGGAUGACUCAGGGGUCUACACCUGUUACGCUGCCAGUGACUCUUUCAAUGAAACGCUUUAUGUGACUGUGGUGGUUUACAACUUCACCAUUAGUGGCGGGCUGGAGAACAUGAAGACAGCCUACACCACCCUGUUGGGAUGCCUGGCCAGCAUUGUUAUGGUUCUCAUCUACCUCUAUCUGACACCCUGCCACUGUCUGUGCUGCCCAGACCAGAGCCUGAAUAAAAGCCUCCCCGGGGACAGUCUCCACUCUUCCACCAUCAGCGUCUCUCAAAUACUCGAGGAGACUGGACAAGACAGGGGUGAAGUGACCAAUAAGGGCAUCCUAAGCAGACACAUGGCCUUACGGGAACCGAAGGACCAGCAGGAGCAGAACGGGAGGCUGAACCCAAUCGGCGAGGAAGAGGAGGAGUGGCACAUGGACAACUGUGAGAGGAGGAGGUCUGAUGUUGAGUCUGUUAGUUCUGUGAGCUCCGAUACCCCAAUGGUAGUUUAACAGAGAGUGAGUAAACGCCUGCCCCGUUGUAUUUUUGUCAACAUCCAUCAACUCCCCUCCUCCUCUCACCAUUUUAUUCUCAUAUGUGUGUCUGAAAUUCUUUGAUGUUAGAGGAAAAUGUCUCAUCCAAAAUUAUCCUACAGGGAAGU